CCCACCGUGCUCCACAUAACGUGCACAGAGAGAUAGUGUGGUGCGGUGAGCAGUGGGCACGUAAAGCGAUGUAAUAAUGUGUGUGUGUGUGCAAUAGAGCAUCUCAUCUGAUGUGCGCAACGUCGUUCUGAUUGAACGCGCGCAGCUUGAGCUGCUCAUCCUUGAGGCUGACGUCAGCCCGCUCGGGGCAGAGCGCAGCGCGCCUGCUGCAUCACCGUGCCGAGUGGGAGCAGCGGCACCAUCGCCGCUGCGUGCUUGGAGGUGGGGGGGGCGGCGUCAUUAGGGAAAGGCCGGCAGGGCCAUUCAAGCCUUCCGAUAGAUGACACAUCAUCUCAUCGUGCAGCGCGCUUGAUUGAGCAGCAGGCGGAGGAACGCGUGGGCUGGGUGCGCGCCACGGGCCAAACGCAACGGUUAGGGACAGGCGCGGCGGGUCGGGUGAUAUAGGUGGUUCCGUGAGAGGGAGGAAUCCUGCAGCUGCUACUGCUGCUGCCUGGCUCCCACGCCCAGCCCCGGCCGGCUUCCUGCGCGCCCCCCACCCCCGCCCAAGCCACGAGGAGCAGCAGCGAGCUGGGCUCAGGAGACAGAGAGGGAGAUGCCGCUCCUCACCUCGGCGCCUUGCGUCGUCCUCUGCGCGCUUCUCAGCAUCACGGUUGUUGAGUUGCUCGAAGUGCAGGAGGAUGAGGACGGGCGGAGCCUGCGUGUCUGGGCACGUGCAGGCGAGGUGCCUGCCAACGCGAGCAGCACGUGGCUGACCGUGCAGCAGAACUUCAGGGAGGUGCUCCGCACGCCGCCGCUGCCCUACAUCCCGACAGGCCCUGCUCUGGACGUGGGGCCCGUUUUCCCAGGCUUCCGCUACGCCGUCUCCCUAUGGGCCGCCUCUGGGAACACCUCCGUCGCCACAUGGUCGACCAACGCCACUGUCAUCACGAGGCCUCCGGCUGUCGUGCACGCGGAGGUGAAGGAGAUCCCGGAGCUUCGUGAAUCGGCGGUGCUCGUCACGUGGCACCCUCCCAACCGCUCGUCUGAGGCGCAUUACGAUGGCUUCGAGAUCUCCUACACACAGGGCAUCCACAUCGUCCACAUUUACGUUAUGGACCCAGCAGUAAACAAGAACAUCAUCAAUGGGCUAUGGGCUGGCAAAUGCUACGAGGACUUGGCUGUGCGAAGCGUGGUGCGCGAUGGCCACAAUUACGUCCGGAGCAACUUGCACCACGGAAAGUUGCUCUUCCGUCCCGCACUACCUGCCCCUCAGAAUGUGUUGGUGGUGAUAUUGACUGGCGACGAGGACCCAGCCCAAAGGACAGAUGUUCUCAUUGUGAACGUCGUGCUGCCAAACCCCACGUUGGCUGCUACAGCUGAACCGACAGACACACUCGAGCAGCAGAUGCCAGGAACCGCUACUCUGCCAGACACGGCGACGCCGAAUUCGCCGUCAAAUGGCGAGUCCAGCGAGAGUGGAAACUUCAUUGAAGGUGGAGAUGACCCGGCAGGUGGCUGGCCUCACGGUCGUGACUUCGAUGGGGCGGCUGUGAAGCCCGGAGAUUUGGCGGCCCGUGUGAUGGUGCAGUGGGACCCACCCGCGGUCGCUCACGCUGAUCUCAUCGACAGCUACAAGAUUUACCUGGAGAAGCAAGGCCAGGUGACCCUGCUGGGCUCCACGGCGUCCUCCAGGGCUCUGCUGCUGCUGCUGCAGGGCCCGGGCAGCUACCUUGUGCACGUCCGGGCACUCAUCCGUGCCGGGCCAUGUGCCAGCACCGAGAGCCCAGCCGCUUCUGCUCCCAUCAACAUCUCGCACAGUCAGCUGGAGGCGAUGGACACGGAGGCUCACCCGAACGGCUCGCUGCAGGAAGCGCCAGCACAGCCCGGCAACGUGAGCGUGCGCUUGCUGGACUCCGGCUCCGCUGUCGUGUUCUGGGAGUCGCCCGGCGAGGCGCGGUACGACUCCUACCUCGUCCUGCUGCAGGCCCUCGACUGCGGCAGCGCCCACGGGCAGCACGACGACUGUUCGCUGAGGAGCAGCACGGAGCGCGUGCUGCGAGGGCUCACGCCAGGGCGGCUCUACGGGGUGCGCGUGGCGCUGCGCUGGGGCGGCGUGCAGGGUCGCGAGUCGGAGCCCUACAGCUUCCGCACGGUGCCAACAGGAGUAAAGGAACUGGAGGCGGAAGGCUUGGACCCCUUCACUGUGAAGCUGUCAUGGAAGAUCCCUCAGGUGGUGUUCUUCACCAGAUACGUCGUCCAGCUGUUUUACUUUGACCUGCACCAACAAGAGUCCAUCAUGAGGCAAAUAGACAUCGCGGAAAACACCACCAAGGGGCAAACCACACUGGAGCUCGAAGAUCUGAUCCCUGCUUGGGAAUAUGUCAUUAGAGUCAUGAUGCAGAGUGGAGAAAAUUCCACGGCACGUGUUUGCUGUCCAGAUUCAUCUCUUAUUCAUGUCACGUCGCCGCUGUCUCCCGAGAUCGUGGAGGUGGCAUACGAGGAGCGGCGAGUGCUGCGGGUGCGCUGGCGCUACCGCCACCCCGGCGUCUCCUCCGCGCACUCUCGCCUGCUGCGCUGGGAGCUCGUCGUGUCGGGACUCCGCGUCUACAAGAAGGACGUGGAGAGGAAGGUCAUGGAGGCCAGCGUCCUCGUCACGCCGGGAGACUUGUACAACAUCUCGGUUGUGGCCUUUACCCAGCACAGGCACAACGUCUCUGCGCAUCACGUCAUCAGCACCAGCCCAGAUUCCCCCAGGGCGGUCAACAUCCUGAACGUGACGCAGACUUCCGUGAGCCUUGCGUGGAGCUGCGAGGGGCUGGUAGACUACUACCUUGUGACCUACACCAGUCUGGAUUCCGAGCAACACAUCAAGCUGGAACAGCUGAGCAAGGAGGAGCACAUGACGAUCAGCGGGCUCUCGGCAGACACGCGCUACAACAUCAGCCUGGUCAGCAUCAGCCAUCAACUGUCCAGCCCUCCAAGCAGCCUGCUCAUCACAACUCCGGCGUUGCUGAUGAACACCCUGGUGCUGGCCAUCCCGCUGGUGCUGUCCAUGGCGCUGCUGCUGACCCUGGCGCUCGUCUACCUGAUGCUGCGCCGGCGCAAGCAGCGAGCCGAGAGCAAGGCCAUGGGCGGAACAUUUCUGAAUUUCGCUGCCAUUGAUGGAGAUUUUGGUAGCGCGUUCCGAAGGUGUCGAACUCUGCCCGCUUUCCUUGCCUCUCUGCCUUCCUGUCUGCGGACGGGAUAUUUUCUCGUGCCGCCAUUUGUCUCUUGGGCAAGAAAACAAGGACAAUUGAAAAAACUAUCCAAGCCAGUACAACUGGAUGACUUUGAAAUGUACAUCAAGGAAAUGUCCAAGGACUCAGAUUACAAGUUUUCCCUUGAAUAUGAGGAUCUCAAGUUGGUUGGGCAGGAGAUGUCUCACAAUGCUGCCAGCCUACCUGUGAAUCGCCAGAAAAAUCGAUACUCCAACAUCUUGCCGUAUGACAUGAGCCGCGUGAAGUUGAUGGCGCUGGAAGGCCAAGAGGGCUCAGAUUACAUCAACGCCAACUUCAUUCCGGGCCAAAACUGGAUACGGGAGUUCAUAGCCACACAGGGACCCUUACCCAACACCCAAGCUGACUUCUGGCGCCUGGUCUGGGAGCAGAAUGUUCGCGUCAUCGUUAUGCUCACCCAGUGUGUGGAGAAGGGACGGACAAAAUGUGACCGAUACUGGCCCCUGGACACGAACCUGGAGUGCCACGGAGGGGCCUUGGUCCAGCUGAUUUCUGAGUACGUGCAAGAGGAGUGGACUACGCGCACAUUUAAACUCAUGCUGCAGGAGGAGGAGGAAACUCGCGAGAUCACCCACUACAACUACACGGCGUGGCCUGACCACGGCGUGCCCACUGACAAGAGCAUCGCGGGGUUGCUGCAGUUUGUGCGUCUGGUCCGCGGCAGCCAAUCAGAGCCCGUCGUCCGUCCUCUCGUGGUGCACUGCAGCGCCGGCGUGGGCAGGACGGGCACCUUCAUCGCCCUGCACCGCUUGAUCCAGCACGUCCGGAAGCACGAGUUUGUGGACAUCCUGGGCCUGGUGGCGGACAUGCGGCGACACCGUCCAGCCAUGGUGCAAACAGAGGACCAGUACCUGUUUGUGCACAAGUGCGUGUUGGCCAUGUGGAGGGAGCGCAAGUGGCAGGAGCCCUCCUACGCCAUCGUGUUCGAGAACAUGAGCUCCGAGCCGCCGGGCGGCGGCCGCGCCACUAGGCCGGGCUGCAUGGAUUCCUCGCCGUGAUGCCAAAAGUACAUCAUGACCACAGCUAGAGUUCCAAACCCAUAGAAGCAGCUGGCUCAGACACAAAACUAAAACUACCCACACAGAUGGUCCCCCAAGGUGCCAGGACUUAAAGGGACACAGCCUCGUUACCUUACGAACCGCUCACAGCCACCAUUAUUGCUGCGACUUGGUAAUCGCAUUUGUUAUUGUGUCGGUGAGCAUGCGGCCGUUAAUAAAAUGUAAAAUUUGGAUUCGCCGCGGGUGGAACGACCACGCGAGGACGAGAGGCGUGAUUGUUGUGUCCUUGUAGCUCGUUAGUCCCGUACUAGCCCAGUAAAGUUUAGACAAGAGUUGUAUAUCGUUGUGGAUGGUUGUAGUAAUAUUCCACCUGCAUCAACAGGACAUCAGUUAGGACUGUGUGUGUGUCCACGGAGCAUAUGACCAAGAAUAGUGUCAGGAGGCACUGGCGGAGCCAGUGGUGGGGGUGGAUCAUUGGGGUUUAUUCGUAAUAAAUCGGCAUUUUGCGACCCCCAUUGCCACUGUGUAGCAUAUUAUUACAUGACAGGAACUCUAUGAGAUAAUAGGGCAAUGGUCUGAGUUCAUAAUUGUCAAUAAGUAACGGCAAAGCAGUUAUAAGUGACUCAGAAUUGUGCGCAGUUGUGUAUACAGUACACGAUUUCCCUGAAGGCAUCAACACCUUCAGCGAGCGCGAUGCCGAUCACACAACGCGGUU